CGUUGGUUUCUUGUCUCCUCCCUCCCCCUCCUCUAGCCAGGCUGCAGACAAGGCUCUGCAUUCCUCCUGCCCCACUCCCAGCAGGGGUUCUCCUCUAGGCUCUAGCUUGCAGUAGGGACACUGGCUAAGAUGCCUGCUGCUGCCUGCAUAAGAACAGUUUAAACUCAGCUGUUCCCUACGCAGUUCAGCCCCCAGGGUUAGAAGCCUUGUUACUUUCACUCCUAGUUGUUGUCGGGGGUGGGGGAGUGUGUGUGUAUGAACAUGGCAGGGGCAGUUCUUUUCUGACCCUGGGAUGAAGGGAUCUCCUAUACACAAAAAACACAAUCAAAAUCAGGAACCAUUUCCAAGUUCAAAUCUAUCCCAUUCCCUCCCCAGCAGAGGAUCAUGGCUGUGAUGUCCAAACUGCUUGCAGAUCCUCUUUGAAAUGUUACUGAACCGCGCAGGGAACAGCUGAGUUUAAACUGUUCUUACGCAGGAGGCAGGCUUCUCCCUCCCUCAGCCACUCUCCCUGCUCCCUGCUGCAAGCUAGAGGGAAGCCCCUGCAGCUGCUGCUCAGUGCCAGGCAGGGAGAAAGCAUGGAGCCUAGUGUCCGCAGCCUGGCUGGAGGAGGAAGGAAGGCACGGAGAAAAAUGUGACAGUGAGUUUUCACUUUUUCAGGCUUAUUCCAAUAGUAAAGUUUUAUUACAGACAGUACUGAUAGUAGUAAUAGUAGCUUUAUUUUCUUUAUCUAUGUCAUGCAAUGGGAGGGAUCCAUGAAGUACAUAGGAGAGGUGGGUUGCUUGCGAUUGGACCAUAUGUAAAUUACUUUCACCCCUGCCCAAACCCCAGGGCUCCCAGCCACCUCUGCAGCUGGCAGCUCCAGGGGUGAUUUAAAGGGCCUGGUUCCUAGCUUCAGCAGAAUCCCUGAGCCCUUUAAAUCCUGAUUUAAAAGCCUAGGGAUUUAAAGGCCCCAGCUCUUCUGAUAGAGGCCAUGCCUCUUCCGGUUGAGCCCCUCCCCCUCCGCAGGACUCUGGAGUACCGGCAAGUCCUUUAAAUUACUUUCACCCCUGCUGCAGGAGAGAAGAUUGAGGGGGGAUUUGAUAGUUGCUUUCAACUACCUGAAGGGGGGUUCCAAAGAGGGUGGAUCUAGACUGUUCUCAGUGGUACCAGAUGACAGAACAAGGAGCAAUGGUCUCAAGCUGCAGUGGGAGAGGUUUAGGUUGGAUAUUAGGAAAAGCUUUUUCACUAGGAGGGUGCUGAAGCACUGGAAUGGGUUACCCAGGGAGGUGAUGGAAUCUCCUUCCUUAAAGGUUUUUAAGGUCAAGCUUGACAAAGCCCUGGCUGGGAUGAUUUAGUUGGGAAAUGGGGUUGGACUAGAUGACCUCCUGAGGUCCCUUCCAACCCUGAUAUUCUAUGAUUCUAUGACAUGUGACCCUGGACUCUAUCUUGGGACAGAAAAUUUCCAUGCACAUGGCAAAGGAUAUAAAAGACACCUGAGACACCUCCAUGUUGCCUCUUUCCUUCUCUAAUUCUUUGGACUGGGGAUUUACAACUAAAAGGGGUAUCUUGAACUCUGGACUGAGGCCCUUCCAAUCUUUUGGAAGUUACUAGAGAGACUUUUGCAAGCCAGGACUCUAUUCCAUCACUGCUAGAAAGCUGAUAUAAGGACUUAGCAAUCGUUUGUAUGUAUAUGAUCUAUUAACCUUUAUAAAACUCUAUUUUCUUAAUAAAUCCUCAGUUCAUGUACUAAGGAUUGACUGACAGCAUGAUAUUUGGGUAGGAUCUCAGAUACAUUCUGAUCUGGGGAUCAGGACUUCUAUGCACUGGUUGGAGAAUAUAUAUUUUUACCCUCUGCACAGACAACAUAAGUAUACAAGACCAUGGAAAGCUUUACAGAUGUACCAAGAAUAAAAGAAAGCUCUGAUAUUGGGCAACAACAGGACAGAGUAGUGACUGAAGAGGAAUGGCUGCAGAAAUGGAAAACGAGACAAAUUGGAUUUCAUAAGGAGCAAGGACAUCCGAUUUUAAGGAAGUAUCUGGAUGUUCUUCUUAAUGGCAGGAAUGGACUCAGGAUAUUUUUUCCGCUUUGUGGCAAAGCAGUAGAAAUGAAAUGGUUAGCUGACAUGGGACACUAUGUAGUUGGUGUGGAACUCAGCGAAUGUGCACUGAAGGAAUUUUUCACAGAACACGAUCUUUCUUAUUCUGAAGAAACAAUCCCAGGGAUUUCUGGAGCCAAAGUUUUUAAGAGUACCUCUGGGAACAUUUCUCUGUACUGUUGCAGUAUCUAUGAUUUGUCCAGCACAAUUGUUGGCAGGUUUGAUGGGAUUUGGGACAGAGGAUCUCUAGUAGCCAUUAAUCCAUGUGAUAGAGAACACUAUGCCAAUUUGGUGUUGUCUCUAAUGGAGAGAAGCUGUUGUUAUCUCUUGGUUACUGUUUUGUAUGAUUCAAAUAAACAUAAAGGUCCACCAUUUUAUGUUCCUGAUGCUGAAAUUAAAAGUUUAUUUGGAAAAGUCUGUGAAAUUAAGUGUCUUGAGAAGGUCGAUGACUUCUCGGACCAGCACAAAGCCUGGGGACUAGAUUAUUUUCUGGAGGUAACACAUCUGCUUACCUUAAAGUCUGUUCCUUGAUGAAACAAGAGAGACAAAAUUUAUUAGCAAGGUGGGAAGAAUUAUAUUGAUCUCAAUUGGAAAUGAGCUGGUUAUUUGGGAAUUCUGAAACACCUCAGGGUAUGAAAACUGAGUUAUGGAACAUCUUUGUCUUUUGAAGACUUUAUGGUUUCAAAAUCAAUUACACUGUACAUCUGCUUUGACUUACAGUAUCUGUGUUUUAAGAUGCGUAGCACUUAACCACAUUGAAAUUCUUUAUAAACAAUCAUUUUAACUUUGUGCCUUUGUCUCCUGUAUUAUUUCAAAUUAUUAAAAUUAAAAAGUCAUAUAUAUAAAGAAAUGACCAUUCUCCAUAGCUACCAAUAUUGUCUGUCUGUCUGUAGCUUUGCAGUCCUAUCCCAGCUGUUCAUAGUUCCAGCCUGUGACCCAGGAACUAUGCAGUGCUGCCAGCUGCAGCUUGAAAAGUUUUGUUUGUUUUUUUGUAAUUCUGAGCUCCUGCCACUAGUGGCUGCUGGAUAGAAGAGGCAGGAGGCUGCUUGGUGGCUGCUCUCUUUUUCUCCCUACCUCUGUUGCUCUGUGUUAUGCAGAGUAGAGACUGACUGGCAGAGAGCAAAGCAGAAUAUUCAGCAGCAGCCAUUACUGGAUGAGGGAGACACAGGCAACUAGAGAUGUGCAAGAGGGGUAAGGAAAGUGAAUCAACUGAGAGGAGAGCAGAAGACACUGGGAGUAGAUGCCUCCUGAAAUUAUCUAUAACUGUGAUAUUCUUCCCCCUCAAUACACCAGUUAUGAGUCCAGCCACAGGAAGAAGGGUUGUAUGGGGAAUGUGGAUUGUGGACCCUAAUGGAGACCCUUCUGCGGUUUGGAUACGCAUAUGAGCUUUAGGAUAUUUAUCUGAACUCAAAUCUUUGAGGGUCUCCCAUCUCUAGUUUAUAGAUAUUAUUACAACUUUGCAAAAGGAAGUUUUAGUUUUGAGUCACUAAUAAUAGAUUAAUUUUUAAAAUAACCUAAAAUCCACCAGGAUGCUGACACAAUCUAAUGUUCUUUCUCUAUCCCCCAUUACCUUAUGCUGAGAAGGGUCUCUGAAACCAAAGCUGAUUUGCAGUAUUACGCCAUGACAUUUAAAGGGUGUAAUGGGUAAGGCCUUCCUGAGGGGUCACACUCAGGCAGCUUUAAAGCCCUUUUCCCCUUUCAAGAGUGUUUUGGGGUUUUGGUAAGUCUUUGGGUGGUGAAGUCUUGUCAGAUGUUUUCCCCUCACCUACUCUAUAACAUGAAUCAACUCCUAAGACACAGCAGUUUUCCUCCUGGUUGCUGCCCCUUCCUGUUAGCAGCUGUCCUUUUAAGCUUGCUUCCUCUGGCUGGAGUAGGCUCUGCAGGCACGUCUGUUUGGUAGGGAUUGAGCCCAGAGGAGCUCAUUAGCCUUCUCGUGAUUGGGAUGGGGAUGUGCCCCUUCACCCAGGGGUUAUGAACAUUAGAGUUGAAAGUAGAAGCAAUGUCUUGUAUCACGUAUGUAUGUCUCUUGCUCUUUAUUUAUUUAUUUUGGAAAGGUAGAAUCAUAGAAUAUCAGUGUUGGAAGGGAUCUCAGGAGGUCAUCUAGUCCAACCCCCUGCUCUAAGCAGGACCAAUCCCCAGAUGGAUUUCUGCCCCAGAUCCCCAAAUGGCCCCCUCAAGGAUUGAACUCACAACCCUGGGUUUAGCAGGCCAAUGCUCAAACCACUGAGCUAGUUAAAACAAUUAUUUUAAAAUAUUGAGAGUAUCCAGUUUAAAAGAUUUAGCUGUGCAUUCAUAUGGCAUUGAAGUGUAUUUGUACCCACUUCCAAUCAGUGUUCUGCAAACAUGGUCCGCAGAUAUCCACAGAUGAGCAGGGCUUUUGAAAUACAUGGUAAUUUCCCUCCAUUUCUGUUAAUGGCAAUCUUUUGAUGUUCAUUGCAAACAUUGUAUUCAAAGAGCUGCAGACUCAGGUCUGAUGCUUUCAGGAUGUUUGUAGUUGUAGCCAGUAGCGAGUGAUCAUUUUAAUGAAACUUUAAGGUUUUGUUGUUUGGUUUUA